ACACGGUGUUCAACCCAUAUACUUGUUCUCGACGUUACCAUGUUCUCCCCGUCGACCCUGUUCAUACUUCUGGCUUCAACCGCCUCUAUUGUGAGCAGUCAAAAUACGACAGCGACAAGUUAUAUUGACCCAGAUUCUGUCUCAUUGCCUGUACGACGUGAGUAUUUCUGUCAAAUCCUGACCCAAAAGCUAGAGCUCAAUGCUGACUUCCUUCAAGAGAGCUGGUGCGCAUCGCAGAUCUCAACUUGUCCAUUGCUCUGCUUGCAGCUCCCUGGAUCAGAUGGAUCAAAAGUAAAUAACUGCACUGCUGAAACUCUCGACUAUUCUUGUAUAUGUAGCAACGGCGCUUCUCCCAACGCCUCUCAAUACUCCCUGACCAUUCCCUACUUCACCUGCACUGAGGCUGGUACCCAGUGUGUCAAUAACUGUGGUGGAGACUCUACCUGCCAGGGUGCCUGCCGAACUGACCAUCCCUGUGGUGCUCAGAACCCAAAGCGUGUCAAUGUCACUACCACUACCUCCGCUGCUCCAACUGCCAGUACCACUGUAUCUAGUGUCAUCAGUACCACUGAAGCAACAGGUGCUGCACCACGCAGGAUGCCUUUCGAAAAUGGCCAAGUCUAUGGUCUCUGCGUGCUGGUUGGUGGCUUCAUCGCCGGAUUUGCUGUUCUGCUCUGA